CAAAACGCCCGCCAUUAAUUCGCCGUUCGUCUUUGUCUCCUUUUUCUGAACCAAUACUCAUGGAGACAGGACUCGUGAUGUUUUUGGUGAUGCAGCUGGUUGUUACACAGGCCGCAUCGACCGGUGUUCUUUCUCAGAUCGCAAUACAGCCAGGACCAGUCGAAGUGAAGCAAGGACAUAACGUCAGUCUGUGGUGUCGACUGAAAAAUGGCACUGAUAAAGAUAUACCAGUAAACUGGCAUUCGCCACCACAUUUCAAAACAAUAACGACCAAUUGUGAGUCUUAUGCAAAGGAUAAAUACAAAAUGUCAUGUUCAGAUACUGAGGACAGUCUUAGAUUUCAUAAUUUGUCAAUCAUGGAUGCCCAAUGGGCCGAUAAAGGAGAAUAUCGAUGUCUACGUGCCAACGUCAUGGACAUUGUGGAUUUACAUGUUUUGGUUCCGGUAACAGAAGUGAGACUAAAAGAAAUCGUCGAGAUGACAGUUGAUGCGCCACAGCACUUGCAAAAGAAACUGACCUGCACAACAAAUUGUGCAUAUCCGGCUCCCAAUAUUUCAUGGUUUGUAAAUGAUAAACCGUUUAAUGGCACCGCGACGGUCACAGAAAUGGGCUGCGAAGGCGCGAAGGAGGGUCAGUACCGGACUGAAAGUACAGUGACACCCAUGGAGGAGGAUGACAAGGAAUAUAACAUUUCGUGCACGGCAGAAAACGUUAAUGGAGAGCCAAACGUUUCAAAAACAAUGCCCGUCAAUUGCCCACAAUGUUUCAAUGAUGUAACCCCCUGUCCAAAUCAGCCCAUAAUUGCUAAUCCAACCGUGAUAGGCAUGAUAGCGACAGUAGUAUUAUGUGCUUUGUUUUUCAUAGCACUAAUCGUCUUUUUUAAAUGGCGGGGAAAACAAAAAAACAGGCGACAACCCCGACAACCCGAAAUCCACCAGAACCACAAAGAAAUGCCUUUGAUGCCCCGCGGAAAUGAUAAUUCUUGAAUGAGGGGAAUUCAUGAUUCUGAUAUAUUUCUUAUGAGAUAUGUGCAUCUUUGUGAAAUUAGGACGAUAUCAGACGAUGGAUGAAUUGAUCAAUGAUAGUUCUAUCUUGAUAUUAUUUUGUCAAUCAUAGAUCCAAUAACUUCUCAUUUGUGUUGAAAUUCUAACUCCGGACAAUUCGUGCCAAGUCCAGAUUCCGAGUCAAUGCAAUCAACCUGAUUAAGGUUCAAAUAUGAAGACUGACAAUUGCCGACUUUGACGUGUUUAAAAAAAUUUAAUAGAAUUCACAGCAUUGCAGACAUGUCAUCAAUAGCUAACUGGACUUUGCGCAACGAAACGAAACGAGCGAAAUGGGGGAGCGACCAUUAUGUUUUACCCCGGUACGUCAAGUUCGAUACAUGGUGUCAGUCACCAGUAUGGAUGAGUGAUGACCCACACCCACCCAGGCAGCUGAGACACAUGUCUUGUUGGGCAUGCCUACCGAUUUUUACUAAAUAAAAGCAUAACUUCACUUCACACUUUCCGGGGUUGAAAAUGUACUCACGUAAAUUACCAAAAUUACAUGCCAAAUUCGCACAUGACCUGUUAUUUCUCAAAGCUUGGAAGCUCAAAUGUCUGAAUGUAAUGUAUGCGCGUAACGUAUACUCUCAGCCUAGCGAAUAGUGAUCGUCGGUUUUUGAUACGAAUCGUUUCCUGUAUGGCCGUUACAAGCCGUUGUCUGAAUAUGAUGUGAACCUGUUUACCGUUCAAUGCUGUUCCCUGUGACGAUGUACCCGCAAAUGUUCAAUGAAAAAAAUGGUGAUAAUGACUUACACGGCUUGUUCGCAUCGUAACAUAGUGGUACCCUGGUUAACUGUCUUUGCGUUUGGCUCAUUUUACAACGAUUACUCCCCAUGUAACCACGAUCUAGGACGGACAGGCUGUGUAUUAUGAGGUCUCACUAGCCAGUGGUGAUCAGGUCAAAAAAAGUUCUUCAAUCUCAGGCGAUUACCAUGGAUACAGAUAUGCCUAUCAUAUCGCUAUUGCUGCAUGUUCAAAUGUCGGUGUCCUGGGUAUUUUGUGAAGAGGUAGCUCUGACGAUUAUUUGAGGAAAUUAUCAGCUUCUUCUAUGCACGUCCGCAGUGACCAGGCCUCGCAUGCUUUUUAUAGCUCAAUCGGAUGUUGACAUGAACUGGUUCCUGUCAGAGUGCACAUGUUCUCAAGGUGAGACUUCGCGGUCAAAAUGCUCAAAGAAAAGCCGCAACGACACCCUAUUUUGGUACCAAAAUUUAAAAUUGUUAUUAUUUGGCUUUCUCAAGGUGAUAAGUAGAAGUUUAUAAAAAUAUUAUUUCACCAUCCAUGUUAAUUGUCAAGUUAUAAGGCGGCAAGGUGAAAUUUUCAAAAUUUUCAUCGAUGUACAGGGUGUCUCAUGUAUUGUGCUGCCCCCAUGUUCUCAUGACUGAAUUACUUGAUAACAAUGAAAGCUGGCCAGAUGUAUUCUAGAAGCGACAAGCUAUUCAGAAAUGUAUAGGUUUAUGUGUGAGAGUGAUAUACUGCAAGGUCGACAGCCACUUGAACAGGGGUAUGCAUGAAAUGACGUCGCGCCAUUUGUGGAGCCAGGUAGGCCCGGCCAUUGCACUGGCUAGUGAGACCUGAAUAGGAAACGUCACCUAGGGACCGUUGCGUAGAAUACUUUUUUGGCGAAAUAUUGCGCAAAGUCCAGUAAGCCUCAUCAAUAAGUACAUAUAGCAAUCAUAGAUCCAAUAACUUCUCAUUUGUGUCCAAUGUUGGGGUAUUUUCAGGACUAAAUACCAGUGCAAAGUGCAAUAUCUAGCUUAUUAGUGACUUGUUUUCGAUCAUAUUUUUAUGGUAGGUACUCCAAGCAAGGAUACAUCACAUAUCCUACGGUUUUUGAUUCGACCUUAUUUUCAAGGUCACAGAGGUCAAAUGGCGUAAAUUGGCCGUUUGAGUGUAACUAUGGCACGUUUCUUAACCGCUAAAGCUAUGAACUUGAAAUUUGGAACAAAUGACUCCCUACGUCAUAUAACCUCGGACACCGAAUUCCGGUCUGAUCUUAUUCUCGACUUGGGCACCAGGAAGCCAAAACUAAAAAAGGUAAAAAGUGCAAUAUCUAGCUUGUUAGUGACUUGUUUUCGAUGAUAUUUUUAUGGUAGGUACUCCAAGCAAGGAUACAUCACAUGUCAUACCGACUUUGGUUUGACCUAUAUCCUAUACAUGUCGCAUGUUUCUUUUUAACCACCAAAUAUCUAUACGGUGAGCACAAUAGUCCCUGGCCUUUUCAUCUUAGAUGACUUUACAAACGCUCACUCCUGCCUUUUCUCCGAUGCCUCUUGGUAAGUGUCUGUCUUCUUUUUCUUCUGAAAACCGGAGCAUUUUUGAUCUACAUGUAUAUCGUGUGGUGCAUUUAUUUAGUGGUAGUUAUGAUAAUUUGCAGUUCUCCAUUGUAUCAUGAAUAGAUUAUAUACAGUGUCAAUACGUUCCACAAAAUAACCGUAGGCUAGUUGUUAGUAUUACCAAGAAUUCAUAUAGACUGAUAAUUUGGAAUCUCAGAAAUUUAAAAAUCUCAAGUUUUUUUCAAAAGGGUGGGUAAAACUUUCCUGAACUCAGAAACUAAAUGUUAUUGAUUCAAUGUAAAGAUGAUAGCAAGACAAACAAAAUGAUACCUUAUUCAACUCUGAACUCUUGAAAACAAGGGAGAUACAGAGCAUUUUGUCCAAGAGACAAAGUUGAUUAACUAAUUUCCAAUGGUUUGGCAUGUUGGAAGGCAUUCGUUGUCUUAGAUGGGUCUUAGAACCUCGUUAAAACACCAUCCCAAUUCCUUAUUUAGCCUAAUAAUCGCUACUAAACGAGUAACACUAUUUGAGGCAUGUAUUUUGUGACAAAAAUAUUAAGCAACAACUAGCCAACAGUAGUGAUAGUCAUUGAAUAGAAGACGAAUUAUCUUGCCAAAGCCCCCUAUCGUCAAAAUGUUUAACCUUCAUGUAGUGCUAGUUAAGAUGCUGUAGUAUUGGUUCCAAAACGAAUUAUUGGUAUCGUUUAUGCCUAAACCUCUAUGUGAACUUGUACGCCAUCAAUGUCUUUGGCAGCAAUCUUUGCCAUCUUUUGCCCGUUGCAUGCAUAAGAUGCACGCUUUUCUUAAUAGAUGACCAUAAAAAGACUCAAUCUUGCCUUUUCCCUGAUAUCUCUUGGUCAGCAUUUAUUUUAUUCAGUUGAAGUUUUGUGAAUUGUAUUUUUUUCAUUGUAUCAUGUUUGUUCGUAUAUACUAUAGAAUGUAUGAUAUCCAGGAUUGUUGUCAUAAACAAGUUUUUAAAUUUAAUAGCAAUUCGAAUUUG